GGAAUCCUCACUAGCAGUUGCCCAUGGAUUUGUGGGACUCAUGGGGACCCAUUGCAGCGGGAAGACCUCUCUCUCUUCAGUUUGUGAUGUUUCCCUAGGUCCUGCUGCCAUGUCCCACCAACCGCUUAGCUGCCUGACUGAAAAGGGGGACAGCCCCAACGAAACCACAGGAAAUGGACCCCCCAACCUGGCUCACCCAAACCUGGACACAUUCACUCCAGAGGAGCUGCUGCAGCAGAUGAAGGAGCUCUUGACUGAGAAUCAUCAGCUCAAAGAAGCCAUGAAGCUAAAUAAUCAGGCGAUGAAAGGGCGAUUUGAAGAGCUUUCAGCCUGGACAGAGAAACAGAAGGAAGAACGCCUUUUUUUUGAGAUACAGAGCAAAGAAGCCAAGGAGCGCCUCAUGGCUUUGAGUCAUGAAAAUGAAAAAUUGAAGGAAGAACUUGAAAAACUAAAAGGGAAAACAGAAAAGUCCCUUGAGGACCCCACUGGGGACCCCAAAGUCCCCAGGGCAGAAGCAGACCAGGAACUGGAACAGCUGAAGACCCAGGUGGCCUAUCUCCAAGCUGAAAAGGCAGAUCUGCUGGGGAUUGUGUCCGAACUCCAGCUCAAGCUGAACUCAGGCGGCCCCUCUGAAGACUCCUUUGUUGAAAUCAGGAUAGCUGAAGGAGAAGCAGAUGUGGCGGUGAGAGAAAUCAGGACGAGUCCUGGGACCGCAAGAAUUGAUUCCACUGACACGAACAAAUCUACAGAAAGGUCCAGGAAUUAUUUGGAAUUUGAGAAAUUAACUGUGAGCCAGCUCCUUCUUUGUCUAAGGGAAGAAAGCCAGAAGGCAGAGAAGCUUGAAACUGCACUCAAGGAAGCCAACAAAAGAGUUUCCUGUUUUGAAAAGAAAGCCAGUGAUCGUUCUGAGGUUGAGACCCAGACGGAGGGUAGCACAGAAAAGGAGAAAGAAGAGGAGAAAGGCCCAGAAACUGUUGGAAGUGAAGUGGAGACGUUGAACCUUCAGGUGACAACUCUAUUUAAGGAGCUUCAAGAGGCUCAUACAAAACUCAGUGAGGCUGAGCUGAUGAAGAAGAGACUUCAAGAGAAAUGUCAGGCUCUUGAAAGGAAAAAUUCUGCAGCCCCCUCAGAGCUGAAUGAAAAGCAAGAGCUUGUUUAUAACAACAAAAAGUUGGAGCUACAAGUGGAAAGCAUGCGAUCAGAAAUCAAAAUGGAGCAAGCUAAAACCGAAGAGGAAAAGUCCAAGUUAGCCACUCUCCAGUUGACACAUAACAAGCUUCUUCAAGAAUACAAUAAUUCAUUGAAAACACUCGAGGAACUGAAAAGGAAAGAGUCAGAGAAAGUGGAUAAGGUGGUAGUGCAAGAACUAAGUGAAAAGCUGGAACUGGCGGAGAAGGCCCUGGCUUCCAAGCAGCUUCAGAUGGAUGAGAUGAAGCAGACCAUCGCCAAGCAGGAGGAGGACCUGGAAACCAUGACUGUUCUUCGGGCUCAGAUGGAGGUUUACUGUUCGGACUUUCAUGCUGAAAGAGCAGCAAGAGAGAAGAUACAUGAAGAAAAGGAGCAACUGGCCCUGCAGCUGGCAAUCCUGCUGAAAGAGAAUAAUGCUUUUGAAGAUGGAGGCAGGCAGUCCUUGAUGGAGAUGCAGAGCCGUCAUGGGGCGAGAACCAGUGACCCCGACCAGCAGGCCUACCUCGUUCAGAGAGGAGCUGAGGACAGAAACUGGCGGCAGCAGCAACAGCGGAAUAUUCCAAUUCAUUCCUGCCCCAAAUGUGGAGAAGUUCUGCCCGACAUAGACACACUCCAGAUCCAUGUUAUGGACUGCAUCAUUUAAGUGUUCACAUCUCACUUCCCCCCCAAACUGUUGGUAAAUAUCAGAUUUUUUUCCUCCAAGAGUUGUGCUUUUGUGUUGUUUGUUUUCAUGCAAACAUUUUGCCUCGUUAAGUUUAUUUUAGGAGAAAGAAAAUAUGUUCUAAGUGGGACAUUUUCUGUGGAUUUCCUUAGAAUCCUGAACAUACUGCUUUUCUGAUAAUAGAUUCUUUCUUUUCUUUUUUUUUUU